ACGUUAUUCGCAGCCCGCUACCGUUGAGCAGUGGGCAUGCAGUGGGAAUCAAACCGCGUCGACGUAAGAACGUGCCACACGUAAAUAAUUUCGAUCGCGCGUUCUUGCACUCGGCGACUCCGACAAAAAUAUAAAAUCAAACAACUGGACUGAAAUAAAUCAUGUACGUUUUCAUGUAAACUGUAAGUGUAAUUUGAUAUAAAUUCGGAAAUAUAAUUUAAAGAAAUAAUACAAAAGUUAUUUUAGUUUCUAAUAAAAACAAUAAUGGUUUAAGUACGUAAAGCUCCCGUUGAGCUUUUGGUGAAAGAAAAUCGCGCAUCUGUAUUUUCACACAACAAAUUUUAAAAUGAUGAUGGCUAGUGCAAAAUUAGUGAGAGACUGUAGCUCGGAACUGAGCUCCGACGUGCGGUCUCUUUCAGUAGCAUCUUCUACUGAGGAACAAGAGUCCACCGCCACAGAGUCCGAGUACUCCGAAGAGGAGAAGGAAUAUGAGUUAGAAGAUCUUCAAAUUCUCAAAACUAUAGGGACCGGUACAUUCGGGCGCGUGUGUCUCUGUCGAGACAAAGCCGCCGACGAAUACCUGGCAAUGAAAAUAUUAUCUAUGGCCGACGUUAUCCGCUUAAAGCAAGUUGACCACGUUAUGAAUGAGAAGAGCAUAUUAGCGGAAAUCAAUCAUCCAUUCGUAGUGAAUUUGCGAUGGUGGACCCAUGACGACUCGUGUAUCUACAUGUUAUUUGACUACGUGUGUGGGGGUGAACUUUUCUCUUAUUUGAGAAAUGCUGGCCGUUUCAGCAAUAGUAUUGGAAAUUUCUAUGCAGCAGAAAUAGUCUCGGCGUUAGAGUACCUUCACGCUCGAAACAUUGUGUAUCGAGACCUGAAGCCAGAGAAUCUAUUGCUCGCGAAGGAUGGCCACUUGAAGAUCACAGAUUUUGGAUUUGCGAAGAAACUAACAGAUCGCACUUGGACACUUUGCGGCACGCCGGAAUAUUUAGCACCUGAGAUCAUUCAAAGUAAAGGGCAUAAUAAAGCGGUCGACUGGUGGGCUUUAGGUGUGCUGAUCUACGAAAUGCUAGUUGGCUAUCCUCCGUUCUACGACGACAAUCCUUUUGGAAUAUAUGAAAAAAUACUAAAUGGUCGAGUGGACUGGCCGAGGCACCUGGAUCCGGUUGCGAAGGAUGUCAUAAAGAAACUCCUCGUGCAAGAUAGAACCAAACGGCUUGGCAAUAUGAAGUGUGGUUCAGAGGAUGUGAAAAGACAUCGGUGGUUCAAGCACAUCGACUGGGCUGAUGUUUUCCUAAAAAAGUUACAGCCACCAAUAGUGCCAUCUGUAUCCUACGAAGGGGAUACAUCAAAUUUCGACGAAUACCCCGAAACCGAUUGGAAAUCGGUGCGAUCUCUCGAUCCCGAUGAGCUCAAGUUAUUCGCCAACUUUUGAUGUAGAAUCCAGUAUAUUUAGUGUCUAAAUCUUAAUUUAAAGAAGUAGAAGAUAAGAUUUCGUACGAAAAGGCUUAGACUUCUUUUAAAUUAAUUCUGAAAUCAUUUUGUAACAUGUUACAAAAAGGAAAAUUUACCAGUUUCCAUUAGCGCUACCUAAACUGUACAAAUUCUUUUGGAGAUAGAGAGAAAAACCAAAAGGAUGAAGUCAAAAGAAUGGAAAGAACAUUUUACUUUUUUAAAUAAUAACAUUAAGUCAUUUUACCUAUUAUCGACUAGGUAGGUACACUUUUUGUUGACUAGAGUGUAUUUAUUUAACUUAUUGUCAAUUGCAAGUAUUGCAAUAAUAUACUAGUUAACUAGACAAUUGUAAAUGUAAAUAUAACAUUAGUGUAAGACUAUGAGUAAAUGAAUACCAAUUAA